GCAGCCAAUUCACCGGCCUGACUCGGUGUUGCAGAGUGUGUAAAGUCAGCGUGCAUGCUCCUGUGUGUGCGUGUCUGUGGUGUGUGAGUGUGUGCGUGUUUGUGUAUGUGUGUGUAAGAGAGAGCGCGUGUAGGUGAAAGGAACUGCAAGAGCAAGCAAGCACGUGGGUGCACACUUCUAUAAGAGAUAGAUAGAGAAAGGGAAGAAGACAGAGCUGCAAGAAGCACAGGGCAAGUUGGGAAGCAGAAAGAAAAGAGAAAUAGAAAGGGAAAAAGGGAAAAGAGAUAGAGACAUAGAGAUAGAGUACAAUGGACGACUAUGCCCUGUCCUUCUGGAUUUACAUGGGAGUGAUGUCUGUGUUUGUUGGAGGCACGCUGAAGAAGUUCCUGGCAUCCCACGUCAGUGCCAUGCCCUCGCUCGUGGCAUGGCUGGGUGCCACGCUGCUGGUGGAGAGGCUGUGUGCUAUGUGCAUGCCUGCUGUGCUGGCACUUGCUGUCUUCUGUGCCACCUGUUGGCUCUACUCGCUGUGGGCUGCCCCUUCACCGGUCCUGCCUGUCGAAGGCAAAGCAGUUUUCAUCACAGGGUGUGACUCAGGAUUUGGGCAUGCUACGGCAAGGCGUCUGGACGCUAUGGGGUUCCAGGUGUUCGCCACGGUAUUGGACGCAGAUGGUGAGGGGGCCAAGCGUCUGAGGAGUAGCUGCUCUCCUCGCUUGACCUUGCUUCAGGUGGACAUCACUCAGCCACAGCAGGUUCAACAGGCUCUGCUCAACACCAAGGCCAAGCUGGGCAUGAAUGGACUUUGGGCUCUGGUGAACAAUGCAGGAGUGUGUGUAAACUUUGGAGACGCCGAGCUCUCUCUCAUGUCUAACUACAGAGGCUGCAUGGAAGUAAAUUUCUUCGGAACCCUCUGCAUCACCAAGACCUUCCUCCCUCUGCUGAGACAAAGCAAAGGCCGAAUAGUAACCAUCUCAAGUCCUUCAGGUGAACAGCCUUUCCCAUGUCUAGCGUCCUAUGGGGCCUCAAAGGCAGCACUAAACCUCUUCAUUAAUACUCUCCGUCAUGAGCUGGAGCCAUGGGGGAUCAAAGUGUCCACGAUAUUACCUUCUGCCUUUAAAACAGGUCAGAGCAGUAACACCGAGUACUGGGAGAAACAGUACCAGCACCUCCUUCAGAACCUGUCACCGAGUCUUUUAGAAGAGUAUGGUGAAGAUUACAUCAUGGAGACCAAGGACCUCUUCCAGAAUUAUGCCAAAUCAGCCAACGAGGACCUGAGCCCUGUCGUUAACACCAUUGUGGAGGCACUGCUAUCGCCGCAGCCUCAGGUACGCUACUAUGCCGGGCCUGGUGUCGGCCUUAUGUACUUCAUCCACAGCUACUUCCCCCUGAGCAUCAGUGACAAGUUUCUGCAAAAGCUAUUUCUGAAGAAGAAAGUGAUACCGCGUGCACUCAGGAAACAGAAUGAGCUGAACCUCAUCAAGGACAACAACAACGACAUCAUCAGCAACAACAACAACAUCACCAGUAUGGAGUAAACCUAUUGUAGCUCCAUGUAUAUAAAAGAUGCUAGAGGACCACUGUAAUCCAUUCAUAGUGACCCAAUGCCAAUAUGUGUAUUUGUUUUUGUGCUGUUUUAUAUAAUGUAUAAUGUUUUUUCGUUUUUUGGUUUGGUUUUUUUUGUCAUUUUGAAGGGAUUGUUGAAUGGGUUGCUUUCUGAGUAACUAUUAAAAACCAUUUUGAUAGAAAUUAAAAUGUGGCUUCCCCUUAAUAUCAGCUGAUCCAUUCCCUCCAACUUCUUUGGUAAUAUUAAAUUUCACUAUGUGAUAACACUAGAUGUGUAUAGUUCAUACACCUUCCAUUUUUUUACUUGCCUUGGAUACUCAACAGAUCAUAGACUUUGCUUACAAAAGUCCUUCAGAAGUCUUUGAAUCAACAGUGCACACCACUGAGCUACAUUCUUAACCUCAGGUUCAUAAAACUCACACCAUUGCUGCUACUGAAUGCAAAAUCCAUUCAUGGUUCUACUUCCAAUUCAUCAGAUAAGUUCAUCUACUUCAUCUACUUUUUGAGAUAACCUGAAACUUCAUUUCCUGCUUACUUAGCCAGCUACAAGCAAUAGAAUGUCCACCCAUAGUCACAAUCUCCUGUAAAUAAUUCAAUUUUUGUUAAGCAGAUCAAGCAGAUCACCAUUUUUCUUCCAGUUUUACUUCCCGGUUUGUUUGUUUUGAUUUUCCAUGGCACCAUUAUUACUACAAAUCAAAAAUAUUUAUUCCUGUUUCUUUAUGAAUCAUAUAAACUGUGAAUUUUUAUACAAAAAAAUUAAAAGAAAGAAAAUGUAAACUGUCCACUUGUUCAUUCUUAGAUCAUAUUAAAUUUGACUUUUUAAAGAAA